UUUAUGAUAUAAACGUGGUUUUCUUUUAAAAAAAAAAUUAUUUUGUGAUUGUUUAAUCAGCGGCGCAUUUUAGCCAGUUGGGGAAGAAUAUCGCAAAACUAUGGAGGGUAAUCAGAUGAGUAUUUUUCCAGGCCAAUUCGUUCGUUUCUAGUUCAACGAUCGUCCUCCUCCUUCAACGAUUCUCGUCUUCCUCUUCUCAGACUGUCGCCUGACAACCUGAGAAAGAAGAGAUGUACCGAGUACGAAAAAUUCCUUCGUUGGUUGAUCUUUGUGUUAACAAAGCUAUAGAUAAUAUAAGGUUCCUUGGGGAUGUUGGCGAAACUGAUAUACAUCUUUUAGAGCGUAUUUUGCCACAUUGCACAGUUGACCAAUUAAUGCAUGUGGAGAAGAGUUCAGAAGGAAGAGAUCUUACUCCAGUAACUGAUAAAUUGUGGAAAAAAUUCUAUGAAAGACAGUUUGGUAAAGAAAGUACCACUACUGUAAUUGAGAGGAUGCGGCAAAAAAGGGUCGCAUUUAGAUGGAUUCAAUUAUAUGAGGCGAAGAUGCAGGACAUUGAAAAGAAUGAGAGCAAAGCUGCAGAUCGAAUAAAACAAAGCUACCUAAAGGAAAAUGCCCGAAAACAAAGUCGUCAAAUACAGAUUUGCAGCAAGGUUCCCCCUUCGAGCAAUAAGAGAAGCUUUGGAGGAAGUGGAUAUGGUUACAAUGUGGCAAACACUAAGAACAAGAUACUGAAGAAGGCAAAGAUAGAAGUCCUUCAGAGUCAAGAGAUGAAAAAUAUAAAAGCAUGGCGAAGAAAUGCAGUGCAGAAGAGUUCUGAUAUACCUUCGACAAAGAAGCCAAUGUUUCCUGGAAGGGAAUCCGCUUCAACUUCUAAAAAUACUUCCACUCAUAUGGCCAAAAGAUGGUAGCACUUCUAUUUACUUUUUUCUUUUACCAAACGCAAAGUUCUGUUCUCUCACUCAGCUCCAAUGUUGUAUCUUCAAUUUAGUUAUCUCAUGGUUCGAAAAUUGCUCCUUUACCCUCUGACACUUCUGAAAAGCCAUGUCCUGUGUAUAAUUUUAUAAUUCGUAGUUUCUUUCUCUUAUAAUGCAAUGUUGUUUAUUUUACACAAAUUUUAUCCUUCAAGUAUGCGGAAUUGUUUGUUAAUGUGUGAUAACAUCAAUCUAAAUUAGCAAGUUAUCAGA